CAACUUGCCCACAAGAACAAGCCCUUUGUGAAGGACCUCCUGUACCCAUUCCCAGAAGAGAAGAGGAAGGGCAAAAAGAAGCGCCUGGUGCGGGGCCCCAACUCCUACUUCAUGGAUAUGAGGUACCCUGGGUGCUACAAAAUCACCACCAUCUUCAACCACACACAAACAGUGGCGUUGUCUGUGAGCUGCUCCACCGUCCUGUGCCAGCCAACAGGAAGAAAAGCAAGGCUUACAGAAGGAUGCUCCUUCAGACAGCAACGGCAGUAA